GUGAUCUGAUCUUCUUCUAAGUCAAAGGUUUAGAGAAUGGGAUCGUGACGUCAGCCGAUCCCAGUAACGCAAGGCAUUGUGGGAUUUUAGGACACGGAAGUUACAGGAGAAACGUCGUAGUAGUUGUAUUGGCGGUAGACUGAAGGUGGUAUAUUUAAGAAGUAAUUCAAUUUAGAAACACGACAGAAUGGUGAACGCGUGCUACAUUUUAAAUUGUCACAAUCGUUUUCACGAUCGGCGUGGAAAAUGUAUCACAAAUGGAGUACCAUUUUUCAGCUUUCCCGCUUGGAAGCAAAGCAAUGGAACUCAAGUCGCAGAGUUAAAAAAGAGGCGUCGCAUGGCAUGGGUAGCAGCUGUAAGACGGACAAACAUCACCUUCAGCAACAUUUCCCAACACACGUUCGUGUGUUCACGGCAUUUUCACAAAGGUAAGUUAUUACAACAUCUUUAACUGUCAUGUGGUUUUAGUAAAAACUACCAGCAAACUUUGCAAAACUAAGUUAGCUGGCUGCAUAGCUAUAAUUAAGCUACCUAUAAAGGAAGGAAUCUCUAGAACGUAUGUAACUGUUAUGUUAUGUAUCUCUAACCGUUCACCGAGGACGAAGAGACAGCUAGCUCUGACAGGGAACAACACUUCACCUGCAACACCACUGGAUCCAGCUGCACAGAGGUCACAGGUGGAUGACGCUGCACCUCCAGAUGAAGCUGCACAGAGUUCACCAGUGGAUGACACUGCACCGGAGGAUAACAACAGAGAACAGGAACAGGAAUUCACUGCUUGUUGGAGGAGAACAGGAAACUGAAGGAAGAGCUCUCCCAAAAGAAGAUGGAUGAGCAUUUCUUUAAAGAUGAUGACGUGAAGAUGCUCCUUUUAACUCUGAUGCGCCUGAGAUUGAAUCUGCCAAUCCAGCACAUUGCACUCAUCAUCUGCAUAGACCGAAAGACUGUUUCCACCACGUUCAGAGAUACCAUAGCUACAAUGUUUACACAACUUAGCCCUUUGGUGCACUGGCCUGAGCGACAUUGCUUGCAAGGUAGCAUCCCACAUCAGUUUGUUGAGGCUUUUGGUAAUCGUGUUUCAGUUAUUGUGGACUGCUUUGAAAUUAACAGUGAGAGAGCAUCACAUCUGAAAGCUAGAGCACAGACAUUUUCUCACUACAAACACAGGCACACCCUCAAGUAUCUUAUUGGCAUUACACCACAGGGAGCUAUCUCUUUCAUUUCCAAAGGGUGGGGAGGUCGUGUCAGUGACAAGCAUGUGACUGACAACAGUGGCCUUCUUAAUAAAUUAUUGCCCGGAGACUUGGUGUUGGCGGAUCAGGAUAGCGUUGGAUUAAUGUGUGCAGAAGUAAAAAUCCCUGCAUUCACAAGAGGACGCUGCCAGUUGGAUGCAAAAGAUGUGGAGGAGACAAGGCAGAUAGCUCACCUCAGGGUCCAUGUGGAGAGGGUUAUUGGAUGUGUACGCAUCAAGUACACCAUACUAAGUGAGAUGAUACCUGUGAGCAUGGUGCUCCCAUGUGAAGACGAGGACAUGAUUUUCCUUGACAAGAGUGUGUCUGUGUGCUAUGCAUUGACUAAUAUGUGCCCUAGUGUUGUCAUGAAACCAUAAAACAUGACAUAAACCUUAUGAACUGCAUGUUGCAUACCAUGUGUUAAUAAAUGAUGGAAAACUA